CGCUUGGUGAGUGGGAGCGCAGUCGCAGGUUAUCCAUCGCCUAGUGCAACUUCUACCGUCACUCUGAGACGCCUGGGAUCUUCAUUAACAUAGACGAGGGACUCGACUAAACAAAUUCACUCAACGCGAAUUCAAAUCGUUUCUCUUUUGCCCCCCUCUCUCCGUUUUUCUUCACCCCCCUGCUCAGGAUAAACCAUCCUGUGUUUUGAAAAGUCAAUUGUUGGUGCGCAUCAUUGGAGGAGCCAAAAAAAAGGAGUUUUGCCACUGUUCCAUUGUAGACUGCGGGCUGCUGGAGAGUCAUGACAGCUGAGAAGAGCGGGCCGGUUAUAAACGGUAAACCAGAGGAUGGUAAAGACCCGGACGGGUCCAGUUCCAUUCUGGUAAGGGAAUACAAUGAGAGGGGCCAUUGGAACAACAAGAUCGAGUUUGUCUUGUCUGUGGCUGGAGAGAUCAUCGGCCUGGGCAACGUCUGGAGGUUUCCUUACCUCUGCUACAAGAAUGGAGGAGGUGCAUUCUUCGUCCCAUAUGUCAUCUUCUUCAUAUGCUGCGGUAUCCCUGUCUUUUUCCUGGAGACUGCCCUGGGUCAGUUCACGAGUGAGGGAGGUAUUACCUGUUGGAGGAAAGUGUGCCCGCUGUUUGAGGGUAUUGGCUAUGCAACACAGGUGAUUGAAGCUCAUCUUAACGUGUACUAUGUAGUGAUCCUUGCCUGGGCCAUCUUCUACCUCUUCAACUGUUUCACUACAGAGCUGCCGUGGGCUGGCUGUGGGCACUACUGGAACACAGAGAACUGUGUUGACUACUAUGGAGAAAAUGCCACCAACAUCACGAACCCCAAUGCAACCUCUCCAGUCAUAGAGUUCUGGGAACGUAGAGUACUGAAGAUAUCAGAUGGUAUUGAGCACAUGGGAGGAAUGCGCUGGGAGCUGGCCAUGUGUUUGGCUCUGGCCUGGUUCAUCUGCUACUUCUGCAUCUGGAAGGGACCCAAGUCAACUGGCAAGGUUGUUUAUGUGACAGCUACAUUUCCCUACGUCAUGUUGUUGGUCCUGCUGAUCAGAGGAGUGACGCUGCCAGGUGCAUAUGAAGGCAUCAAGUUCUACCUCUACCCGGAUAUUUCACGUCUCUCUGACCCUCAGGUAUGGGUGGAUGCUGGAACCCAAAUCUUCUUCUCCUAUGCCAUCUGCUUGGGCUGUCUCACUGCUCUGGGAAGUUACAAUGCUUACAACAACAACUGCUACAGGGACUGCAUCAUGCUGUGCUGUCUAAACAGCGGCACCAGCUUCGUAGCAGGUUUUGCUAUCUUCUCUGUGCUGGGUUUUAUGGCCUAUGAGCAAGGUGUUCCCAUCGAGGCUGUGGCAGAAUCUGGUCCUGGUCUUGCAUUCAUUGCUUACCCCAAAGCUGUAACUAUGAUGCCUCUGUCUCCACUCUGGGCCUGUCUUUUCUUCAUGAUGCUUAUAUUCCUCGGUCUGGACAGCCAGUUUGUGUGUGUGGAGAGUUUGGUGACUGCUGUGGUGGACAUGUACCCAGAGACCUUCAGGAGAGGUUACCGCAGAGAGCUACUGAUUCUGGGCAUGUCCAUAGUCUCCUUCCUCAUAGGACUCAUCAUGUGUACAGAGGGAGGGAUGUAUGUCUUCCAGCUGUUCGACUCGUACGCUGCUAGUGGGAUGUGUUUGCUGUUUGUGGCCAUAUUUGAGUCCAUAUGUAUCGGCUGGGUGUACGGUAGUGACAGAUUCUACUCUAAUAUUGAGGACAUGAUCGGCCACAAACCUGUCUUCUUCAUCAAAUGGUGCUGGAUGAUCCUGACCCCGGGCAUCUGUGCUGCUAUUUUCCUGUUCUUCCUAAUUAAAUACAAGCCUCUGAAGUACAACAACGUGUACACCUACCCUGACUGGGGCUACGGUAUUGGCUGGUUCAUGGCCAUGUCCUCGAUGGUCUGUAUUCCUCUGGGGAUGAUCUGGAUGAUCUGGAAGACUCCUGGAACCUUUUCUGAGAGAAUAAAGAAGCUGACAACUCCAAGCCCAGAUCUGAAAAUGAGAGGGAAACUCGCCGCUCUAAGCCCUUAUGCUGCCAAUGACGCCAAACUCAAGGCUGAUGGGAAAAUAUCCACCAUCUCAGAGAAGGAGACGCAUUUCUAACUGACCGCCCAACUGGCCAGCCAAGCUGCCUGCCGUCUUCACAAUAAGUCAAUCAACCGGAAACUACAGCGAACAACUACAUAAUCCAACACAACACAAAACAGGAGAAAUGACUGGGAGUGUUCAUUUUGUUUUGUACAAAAAAAAGGAAACAAAGGAAAAGUUAUCACAUGAUUAUAGUCUGCUUCUGGUUUGCACAAACUUUGAUAACACAUUUGUUGUUUUCAGUUAACAUUGCGACUAAAGCAACUGUUUCUUUCUAUUCUAACCAUUAAUAUUUUUAAAACAGUUUGAUGACAUUCAAUAUAUGGUUAAAAAGUUGUCUUGGUACCUUGUCAGUAUUGUUCACACUAGUGUUGUGGCCUUUAGACACUUUGUGGUGUGUUGUAAAGGCUUACGGUGACAUUCAUUGGCAAAGUGCUGUGCCUCUCGUGUAGGUACUAGGUACCCAAAUGUGACUAAGAUGUAGCAGCUUGAGGACCAUUCUACAUAGUUUUCUUGUGUUGAGAGGAACACUGCAUUGCAUGUUAGUAGGCUAUAGGAGGGCAUACCCUGAACAUGAGUUGUACAUAGAGUUAUGGACUUUAUCUUACCCAGUCGUGGCUGUGAGGGCUAUAAAGCGUUUUGGGGCCUUAGGUUAUUCUUGUUCACUUGAAAUCAAUGUUAUUUCUAAGCAACAUAAGCUAAAAAAAAUGCUUAUUGGAUGUAACUGAAUUAUACCAUGAGGUUGUUGAUCAUCGUGUUAAGAUAUAGUGGGUCUUUGAGGGCUUUGGUAAUUUCCAUAGAACCAAUGUAAUGGGAUGUUACAGUAAUAUUGAUUGACGGAAGAAAGUAGGCCAAAGUUUAAAUACUCUCUGAACCCAUUUCCUUUAUUUUUGGUCAUCUUCAAUUUUACAUUUCCAGUAUUUUGCUACAUAUGUUCACAUGUCCGAAAAUAGCACAGUGACUUGCGGGCCGAGUCUAAAAACACACCUCUCUCUCCUCUAGCUGCCCUCCUAUAAGUCGUGGCUCUCUGUCAUUUCACAGUAAUUAUGCUGAGCCUAACACAGAAUGACAGACAGACGUGUGUGUCCCCCCCGCCAGGAUUUUUAUUUCUCACUCCGCCUGUAGAGAAGAGAUGGACGUCGAUCAAAUGAGCGUUUCAAAACCAAUCUGUCUGCUCCUCCCCUCUCUUUUUAUUCUCUCUACUUGUCCCCUUCUCUCGUUUCUCUCGCUGUCCUUCCUUCUCAUCUUCAUCCUCUGCUUGUCCUCCCCCACUCCUCUCACUUUUUGUUCUGUCUUUGGCUUCUCUUUGUCACAUUGGGUUUGGGCAAUAACACAGGCCUCAUAUGAUGCAGCUGAAUGGUUUAUAUUUCGUCACAGACCUGUGCAUCAGAGAUAGCCUGGUUACUGAUUAAUGCUUCUGUGACCUUUCUUCUGACAUUGUAAACCUCACUGAAAAAAAAAGACAUAUUUUUAUGAUACUGUCUGUCGUUGUGUUGGGGUAGGGGACCACAGUCUGUUGUCAAUGAGCUGGUCUCAUUGUUCAUUGAUCUAUCUCAGUCAAAAACAGCCUCAGUCAAUCAGCACUCGAAUGAAUUCAAGUUUUCCUACCUCCCUUUCUUGCUUGCUUUGUCCGACUUUCUCGCUCCCCUUCCCUUCCCUUCUCUUCCCUUUGUCCUUGUUUCCUGAUGAAAAUGCAAUCAGAGGAAUGCAUCGGAGGGGAUGAACUCAAAUUUCUCUCUUUACAGUUUUUCAGGAGGAGGCAAAGAGAGCAGAUAAAGACAUAAGGGGUUGAUGAGCUGAGGAAGUGUGCGAUCGAGUAAGUAAUGAGGGAUAUCGAGGAAGUGAUUAAUGGCCGAAGCCCCUCCUGUCUAAGCUGUGAUAUCCUCUUAAACAUGUGAUUGGUCCCUCUGGUUUUGAUGCAUUAUAUCAUCAUUAUCACCUCCUCACUGAUGUUAGUGCAAGUUUUAAGUCCUGUGCAUCGGAAACAUAGAGCCUGCUGUUUAACACUGAUCGUGUUGAUGUACAUUUUUACAUCUCUUUUUAGGAACCUGUGGUCUAUUUCUUGAGAUGAAAGAUCUUUUAAAAUUGCUGUAUUAAAAAGAAUACAUUCUAUGUUUUGACUUGGGAUAUGGCGCUCAAAAGAUCUUGUUAUAGAAAUAUAAUGAAAGGUGUUACUGUUCUGUACUGUUCUACACACAUUUUGGUAUUCACAGGACACAUGAACUGUCUGCUUACUCAUUUUUAAGAAUAAAUAUAAAGGAAAGAA